AUGUUCUCGAAGCUCUCCGACAACCGCUGGUUCGGUAGCCACCGUAAGACGCCUCUACAGGUCGUAUACCUAAUGCUGGUCUUCCUCGCAAUCGUCCUCACCGGUGUACGGAUCAGCAAGAUCCAGGGCCCUACCACUAGAUCUGAUACCCUGGCGAUCGUCAUGGGUAUCAAAUCCAUCAUCAUAUUCACCUACCAGCUUAUCACUAGUCACGUCGAGCGGUUUCGCAAAUGGGGCAGUCUCAGGGCCAACAAGAUCCUCGACUGCAUGGAGGUCGUGUUCUGGUUCGUGGUCGUCAUUAUCAGCUUUAUGGGUGUGUCGAAAAGGUGCCAAGGGUCCGCUUGCGCCCUCGGCGUCAUUGUAGCCCUCAUCGCGAUGAUCUUGAUGUAA